AUGUCAGCUGCUGUCCGCCGCCGACAGCCAGAUGAUUUCCAGAUCCACCAAGAUGGCCCCUCGACAGAAGACACCGAGAUGAACACGGAUGCAGCUGGUGGCAGGGAGGAAGAGGACUAUGCAGACGAAGAAGACCAGGAACACGAUCAAGAACAGGGUCAAGAACAGGCGCAGGGAAAUGAUCAGGACGAGGAGGAACCUGAGCUUGACGAAGAGGACGAAGAUGAGGACGAGUCAGAGGAAGAAGAAAUAUUAGACGAUGAUAUGAGAAGGCUUCAAGACGCCUUCCCCGGCUUCAGGCGCAAGUACAAGCUCAUCAAGAGGAUCGGAGAAGGCACAUUCUCCACCGUUUACAAGGCUGAAGACCUGCAGUACGACCGCUACGAGAACAAAUGGGAUGUCGACAAGGAGAACGAGAGGUGGACGCCGCCGCCCCUGAAGCGACACAUCGACCGCAGCAGCAGCUCUGCGACAAUCGACAUGGCCUCGCAGCUCCCACCGCACACGGCUCGCCAGCACCGCACACGGUCACGAUUCGUCGCCAUCAAGAAGAUCUACGUCACGUCCUCCCCUACACGAAUCCUCAACGAGCUCGAGCUCCUCCAUGACCUGCGCGACUGCCCUGCCGUCUGUCCCCUGAUCACGGCUUUUCGAAGUACAGACCAGGUCAUCGCCAUCCUUCCCUACUUCCGCCACCACGAUUUCCGGGACUACUUUAGGAACAUGACCAUCCCCGACAUGGCCGUCUACCUGCGCUCGCUCUUCACGGCCCUGUCAGCUGUUCAUCGAAACCACAUCAUACAUCGAGAUAUCAAGCCUACCAACUUUCUCUACGAUCCUUCAACGCAACGUGGUGUUCUUGUAGACUUUGGUCUCGCAGAGCGUGAAGGCGAGGAUACUAAGCCUUGCUACUGCCACGAAGACCCGGCCGUCCGGAGGCAACGUCUGAAAGCAGCCGUUCUCGCCAAUGGCGGUCCACAUCACGGUUACCCAAAGAAUGAUACCCGUCCAUCUCGCAGGGCCAACCGUGCCGGCACUCGUGGGUUCCGUGCGCCCGAGGUUCUCUUCAAAUGCACUGAGCAAACCAGCAAGCUCGACAUCUGGUCCGCCGGCGUCAUCCUGCUUACGAUUAUGUCACGCCGGUUCCCGUUCUUCAACUCGGCCGACGAUGUCGAGGCUAUGAUCGAGAUCGCAACAAUCUUCGGCCAUAGAAGGAUGCGCAUAGCCGCGCAGCAGCAUGGCUGUAUGUUCGAUACUAGCAUACCCACUAUUGGGCAGAAUGGCUUUGACUUGGGCAAAAUCAUCAUGUGGAGCACCCUGCGUGACGAAAAGAAACAGCCUUUCAGCGAUGACGAGAGGAUUGCCUUGGACUUCCUCGCUCGCUGCAUGGAGUUGGAUCCAAGCAAGAGGAUCGAUGCGGACGAGGCACUGGAGCACGAAUUUUUGAUGAUGGGCAUAGAGAGCCAAGGGAGCGAGGAGGAGGACAUGGAUGUCCUUCCGACGGACGAGUACUAA